AUGUCCAGCUUCACUCACGCCACCACACUCCUCCACGCCCACCUCAAAACCCACAACAAAAAGCCCUCCAUCACCGCCACCGCCGCCACCACCACAACCACCCCUCUCUCCCACAACGGCACCAAGAGAAGGAACCUCAUAUCCACACUUCUAGCCACCUCAACAGCAGUGCUAGCAGUGCAUGGGAGCACCCCACAAGCCCUGGCCCAGAACUGGGGCACACGCUCCUUCAUCUGGGAGCACUUCUUCGGGCCCGGGCUUUCCCCGGAAGACGCUGUGGCCCGCAUAAAGCAGACUGCUGAGGGGCUCCAUGACAUGAGGGAGCCGCUGGAGACACUGUCAUGGAGGUACAUCAUGUUCUACAUUCGCAUCAAACAGGCCUACCUUGACCAGGAUUUGAGAACUGCUUUCUCCACCUUGCCUCAGAAUCGUCGCAAGGACUAUGUCAAGACUGCCAAUGAGUUGAUCUCCAACUUUGGCCAGUUUGAUCGUUAUAUUCGGACGCCAAAGGUGUAUGAAUCGUACCUAUACUACGAGAAGGUAUUGAAGUCAAUAGAUGAACUUGUGGUCAUGCUAACAUAG